GAGCUUUCUGGACUCCCUCAUUCACCUUCAGCAGCACCCACACGAAGUAGUUGUCCUGUCAAGGGUGGGGUGAUGCCUGGAGCUCUGUCUUCACCAUUUCUUGCCUGCUGAAUGUCCGGCAAUGAGGAGGCAUUGCGCGUUGCGAACCGACAUCACUUAUUUAGUCUUUAGAGGAUGGAGUGGUUGCAAUGGGCUCGCAAGUCCUGUUUUCAUUAACAUGUGCCUAAUGCAAAUGUAGGAAUGGGAAGAUGACACUCUUUUGAAGAGCAGAGCUUUGACUUUAAACUGGACUCUCUAAAAAAAGUGAAAACCUCAUCUUGGAUCCUGUACAGCUUUUUGACUUAGAUAAUCCUGUUGACAACCCUCCCCCCUUUUGCUGUAUUUAACCGGUUUUUAUGUUCAUGUAUCUAUCUCAGUCUUUUAGUGGUAGUGGAGAACUAUUGAUCCAAGAAAGUUGGCCCCCUUUUUGUUUUUGUUUUUUACUUUCACCUUUUGUUCCUUUGUAAAGAAAUGCUUUACCUGAAAAAGUACUUCACAGAGGGCCUGAUUCAGUUCACCAUCCUUCUGAGUCUCUUUGGGGUGCGGGUGGACGUUGACACCUACCUAAACAAUCAGCUGCCCCCACUGAGAGAGAUCAUCCUGGGGCCUAGCUCAGCCUACACCCAGACACAGUUUCACAACCUGCGCAACACGCUGGACGGCUAUGGCAUCCAUCCAAAAAGUGUGGACCUCGAUCAUUUCUUCACCACUAGACGGCUGCUAAACCAGGUGCGCCAGCUGGAUCGCCUCUUCGUGCCCAGUACCGAGCUCAACACCUGGCUAGUGCAUCGUGACUCUGAUACUGUGGUGUCCGCCAGCAGCCAGUCCAGCCCCAGCAUCACCCUGGACAAUGGGGCCGGCCUAGAGGACGUUAACAACCCUGACGCUACCCCGGCCAUGAGGGGAGGAAGUGGAGCGCCUGAAUCCACAUACAGUCUGAACACAGCGGACAGCAGCCUGGGAGCUGUGGCCCCCGAGUGCAACCAGGAGCAGGGCAACAGGGAUGGCAAUGAUGAUCUCACAAAAGAGGACAUUGACUUGAUUGACAUCCUAUGGCGACAGGACAUUGAUCUUGGUGCAGGAAGAGAAGUUUUUAACUACAGCAACCGUCAGAAGGAAAACGAGGAGGAGAAGCCCAGCCCACAGGAGAACAAAGACAGGAAUGAGGAACAAGAAAGCUGGAGAAAUGGCGUGAACUUACAAGGGGCUCCACCAGUGGACGGAGAGACUGGAGAGAGCAUUCCUGAGCAGCUCCCAGGUCUCGGCACACAGACUUCACUGUCUCUACAAGAAUGCUUGAGGCUGUUGGAGGCCACAUUCCCUUUUGGAGAAGAAACUGAGUUUCCAGCCCCGGUUGUCAGCCCAGAAAUUGCCAUUUCCAAUGAGGAAGUUCCUUCUACAUCUCAGGGCCUCCCACUGGUGCUACAGCUGCCCUCAGCAGAACCACAGUUAGACCUAGAGCAGCAGUGGCAAGACAUCAUGGCCAUCAUGGAGCUACAAGCAAUGGAAGUGAACAACACUUCUCUCCACACCAAUUCAAGCAGCGUAAGCGCCAUAAGUGGGACAACUGAGUCAAACACUGCGGGAAACUUUGAACUGUCUACUCGCUCGACGCCAAUAAACCAGGAUGUCAGCCUUCAUCAGGCUUCCCUCCCCAGCUGCAGCCAAGACUUCCCCCAGAUUUUUAACCCUCAGCUGGACUCGGCAAGCAUUGCCCCAAGAACCGUCACACUCAGACCCUCCUCCAGCAACUCCACUAACAUCAACUCCACAUUCGGAGCCACCAACCUAACUGGGAUCUUUCUCCCUCCACACGUGAACAGUUCCAGUAACAACGUUACUUCCACCCCUGUCCUCCCCGAUCCUUUCAGCACCCUGCUGGAGGAGUCGAUGCUUGACGAAAUCAGCCUGUUGGACCUUGCCAUGGAGGAGGGCUUCAGUCAGGCCCAGGCCUCCCAGUUGGAGGAUGAGCUUGACUCAGAUUCUGGUCUUUCCCUGGACUCCAGCCAUAGCCCUGCCUCCCCAAGCAGCUCAGAAACCUCCUGCUCGUCUGCAGCUUCCUCCUCUUCAACGUCUGCCACUUUCUCGGAGGAAGGAGCUGUGGGCUACAGCACUGACUCUGAGGUGGCCACUGUAGAGACGGAGGAAGGAGCUGUUGGAGGUUACCAGCCUGAAUAUAGCAAGCUCUGCCGUAUGAGCUAUCAGGACCCCUCCCAGUUCCACACUCUCCCUCAACUUGACAGCAUCAGCCAUAAUCAUACCUACAACCUUCCGCUUUCCUCUGCCUUCUCCGAGCACCCAGAGCUUCCCAUUUCGGUCGGGAAGAAGACUGUCCGUGACAAACAGAACUCAAAGCCUCAGCCUCCUCAGGACCUGCUCGACAAGCACUCAAGCCGCGACGAGCGCAGAGCCCGGGCCAUGAAAAUCCCCUUCUCCAACGACAAGAUCAUCAACCUGCCUGUGGAAGAGUUCAACGAGCUGCUAGCCAAGCACCACCUGAGCGAAGCCCAGCUGGCCCUCAUCCGUGACAUCCGCAGGCGCGGGAAGAACAAGAUGGCAGCCCAGAACUGCCGCAAACGCAAGCUGGACACCAUCAUAAAGCUGGAGCAGGGCGUCCAAGAUCUGAGGCGCGACAAGGCCCGCCUGCUGAAGGAGAAGAUGGAAUUCAUUCGCUCCAUUCGGCAAAUGAAGCAGAAGAUGCAAAGCCUGUACCAAGAGGUGUUCACUCAGCUGCGGGACGAGGAGGGCCGGCCCUAUCCUCCCAGCGAGUACUCGCUGCAGUACAGCGCCGACGGCAGCGUGCUCAUCAUGCCCCGCGGCGUGACGACCGCUGAGCAGAACCGAAAGCCAGAGAAAAAACAGAAGGACAAAAAGAAGUGAGGGAGCACAAACUGCUGUUUAUUCUAUAACUUUGCUAAGUCAGUAAGAAAGAUUUCUGCAGACACGAGAGAGAUGUCCUUAUUUCCUUUAAGAAGAUUGUGGUGAGUAGAAAAAUGGCAUUGUUGACUACUCUUCCUGCAUUAGUUUCUCCCGUUUCAUUCUGUUCCUACGAUUUUUGUUCCUGGAAACAACUUUGACGCAGAAGUAGCUCUUCGUUUGAGUACUGAGAUUUAAUUAUUUAGACGAGGAGAAGAGGGAUAUAAAAGGACAUAAAACGAGCUAUUAGGAAGAAGAAAAAAAAUUAGCUGCUCUUGAUCCUUUUGCACCAAACCACUGAGGAUGGAGGAGUUUCGCAGGGUGAAAGAAGGGACUGGUGGGAGUACAAGAACACCAUGUUUGGAAUACCUAUGCACCGAAGGUUUUAAAGGACUAUCAGAUCACAUCCCACCCUGGAGACUUUUGGUGAUUUUUCAUAGUCACUGAGGCUUUUAAGUUGCAAAGAAAUGCAUCGAUGCUUGUGAGUUUAGAUACCAAAGGCCAAAAGGAAGUCCAUUAUUUUAGGAUGCCAAUUAACACCUAUACUAACCAAAGGUUGUAUUUGGUGCACAUCACGUGAUCUGUAUACAUCUUAAAUGCUCCAACACUGCACUCUAAUUCUGUAGGUUCCAGUUUUCGAGUCAGGUGGCAUCUAAGUUUAGAAGGCCAUAAAUAGAUCGGGUUUGAUGUGUGGAAGGUGGAUGUUGAGAUGAGAAGAGUGGGAGGCUGAGAGCGUUCUCAUGCUGGCCACUGGUGAAAGAGGCCUGGAAGUGAAGUCUUUGAAGAGGAGCAGAUUUAGGGAGGAGGCACGCUGCAUUGCAAAAUGUAUCGACUUCCUUAUAAAUUAUACAUAGCACUGUAAUUUGUCUUUAAAAGGCUUGGCUAUAUGCAUUUUGCCGUGUCUGUCGCUAUUCCUUCGCUGCAGGUUUAAAUACGGGAGCUGCGUUUAGGAAGGCUCUUAUUAACUGUUCAUAAUCUGUAGUAUAAGCAAGGUUAUAGGUCUAGCCACAUCAGCUUUACAUAGACGCCUACACCCUUUUUGUUGAAUUCUAAAUUCUGAGCCUGUAAUUGAAGGAAGAAUUCAAGAUAACCGUGAUGGGCCAGGAGCUCCGGAGAGUAGUGCAUUAUUAAAACCAACUCCAGGCAGUCUUGAGUCAUUCAGUUUUCUUGGAUGCCCCAUUUUUAGCAUUAACAGAAGGCAGGCUCAGUUGACGCUGGGGUGUAGCAACUUCCCUUUCAAGUAACAUACGCGCCAAAUGUUAAAUACAACAGUGUAUUAGGGCCAGUCAAGGGAGAAAACAAUUUAAAAAGCUUGGCGAAGCUGGGGUGAAGGCCUGAGACAAAAAAAUUGAGAUUUUGUUGUUGUUGUUCAUUUGUUUGUUUAUUUUCUCAGAAUUGUUUUGCUUUAAUCUCAAAUUGAGGAGAAAAAAACCUGUUUAUUAUUUCGAAACCAGAAACAAGAAACAAUCUGGCAAAUUUAUGGAAAGAAGACCUGAAAAAUUUAAGAGAAAAAGAAUUAGGAGAAAAUUUACAAUCGAAAGAGAUAUUUUAGGAAAACAAAACGGGCAAAUUCAUGAGGAAAAAAAUGGAAAUUUACAUUAAAAUACUACAAAUUGCAGAAAAUUGGUGGAAAAUUAUCAAGAAAAUUAAAUGUAAAUUCACAGUUAAAAAAAAAUAAAUAACUAAAAAGUCUGUUGUAAAAAAGACACAUUUAUGAGAAAAAACGGACAAUUUACAAGAAAAAAAGUGCAAAUUUCAAAGAAAACUAGUUGCAAAUGAAUGAGAAAAGAAUACGUAAAUUCACAAAGAAAAAAGGAAAUUGUGUAACAAAAAAAAAAGAUCAAUUCAAAAACAUAAAGUUGUAACAAGAAAACAAAUUUUUUUUGGUUAGAUAUGGUUGCUUGACUAAAAAACAAAACAAAAAAAACCCUGCGAAUUUCUAUUCAGUUUCUACUCAUAUUUGCCAAUUUUUUUUCUUGGAAAUUUUUUAGGGUUCUCUAUAAAAUUGCAGUUUAAAUCGAGUUGCCUGAUUCUCCUCGCCCUGUAGAUUUUGUUUUACUUUGAAUGACCCUGGUACGCCGUUGUGACUGUACGAAAAACCACUUGAGGAUUUUUUUUAAUAAACUGCUGUAAGGCCAAAGUGUUGGCUUCAAUCAAGUUUUUGUGUUUAUAACAGAGCGAGCCAUGCGAGUGAUAACGCAAAAGCAACUCGAAUGUGUGAAAUGACAACGCGUGCCGUGGCCACUUUGAUCUGAAUGCCUUUAUUUAACGUUUCUGUCACUUUUAUGGGUUUUGAGAACCGAAGAGAGGUGGGAUUAAAAAAAAAAUGUUCUCAAAGUAGAAGUGCUAUUACUUGUCUAUUUGAAUGAAGUUUGUCAGUACAUGUGUUAUAUCACCUUCUUAAAAAAAUAAAAUAAAAUAGGUCCGUUGUGCCAGCUGAGAUAGGAGAUAGGCUAGAUCUUUUUCCAAGAGGCUGAACAGAACUCGCAACAUUAAGAUGAUGUCCAAAAAAAACAAUUUUGAACGGAGAAAUGUCCUCAUUAAAUGUGAUAUUCAGGCAUGAACCUCUGGUUAACAUUCACUUCAGUGUAACACCAACUACUUAGUACUGCUACUACUUAGUGCACUUUUUUUGUCUGUCUUGUUCUGUAAAUAUUUUCAUGUUUGUGUUUGUUAUGAUUUUAUGUAGUCUGUUUAAAAACGUCUCCAUUAACGGUCACACCCUCUGCUUUGAGUUUGGAUGUAGUUCCCUCCGUUUUGAGGUAUUUGCUGGCAAUCAAGAAUUGUUUUUAUUGAUUAAUAAAGUGUUUUUAUUUUCA